AUGCAGAUACGUCACGAAGACUUAAACCUCUUGAAUAGGGAUCUAAAUAAUGAGAUCACUUCACCUGAGGAUGAGCAUGAGGUCUUAUGGGUCGACACAUCCGAUAAGAACGCGUCGUUCGCUUUCGUGAGGCUAACCGACGCUCACGUCCGCAAAAUCCGGAGCACCCGAUGGUUUGAGGGGUCGUCGGUUGUCACCCAUAACCUGCAGUCAUGGCUGGACUCGAGUGAACUGCAGAGCGACGCGAGUACCAUCCGUGGUGUCAGGAGUCGCCAAUCAGUUGUUGUGCCAUCGUUUGCGUUGGACAGGUAUCACCCUCUCAGUCAAGUGAAUAGGUAUCUGACGUCAAUCAGUAGCUUAAGCUCUGUCAGUGUGUUUGACAUCGGGAUCAGUCACGAGGGCAGAGGCAUAAAAGCGGUGCAAAUUAGAAACAACCCGACGAGUAGUGACUAUAUAUGGAUCGAUGGGUGCACUCACGCGAGGGAAUGGAUAACAGUGGCGACCGCUCUGUUCAUAAUCGACACGAUUAUCAGCGAAAACGUCAAACAAAACUUCCUAAUCGUUCCCAUCAUUAAUGUGGACGGAUAUGAGUACACGUGGAAUACGGACAGACUUUGGCGCAAAAACCGUCGGCCCUAUACUGCCAGCACUUUCGCUGUGAGCGAAAUGCCCGACCGCUGUAAUGGUGUUGACCUCAAUCGCAAUUAUGAUGUUAAUUUCGGAGGUGAGGGGGGCAGUGCUAAUCCCUGUUCAUUCCUAUACGAGGGACCGACACCUUUCUCAGAGCCAGAAGUGAAAGCUGUUAGUGAACUACUUUGGAAAUUCAAAAACCGGAUCAAACUGUCCAUUUCGUUGCACUCAUUCAACCAACUCUGGGCCUGUCCUUACGCUUACACUAAAAGCUCAUCAAUACAUUACAGUCACCACAUGGAUGUGCUCAGGGAUAUACAGAAUGCCGUCUAUAAGACAAAUGGUGUGAAGUAUCAAAUCGGACCGUUAGGCCAAUCCCUGUACGUGGGCUCAGGCUUUAUGAUGGACUGGAUAUACACGAAGUUAGGCGUAACCAACAGCUAUUUAUGCGAAUUGAGGGACAAAGGGGUUUAUGGGUUCCUAUUACCGGCCGAUCAGAUAAUGCCCACCGCUCUCGAGACAUGGAAUGGCAUAUCAGCUGCCAUUAGGAAACUCUUUUAA